AUAGUUAAUUGAGCAAUAGCAACGCUCGUGUGGUAUUACUAAUGAAAUUGUGUGAAAAACUUAUUCAAAUGGGUUAGUUAACAGAACUAUUCGAAAAUAGACCUGAAUAACAUAAUACAGAUUUAUUUCAGACUUAUUUCAAUAUAAAAUCGUUAAAAAAACAUAGGUAGUAUGUAAUAUAUCAGUCGACCAGGCCGUCAAACUAUUGUAGGAUAUGAUAAAAAUGCAGCGGCAACUGCCGGGAAAACGCGAACUUCGGCGCCGCAACGAAGGAAGACGCAGGCGUGAAUGCGGCGGCCGAAAUAGUUAUGCAGACACGGCCGCCGCGAUUUGCCAAAGCCGGCACGGCGUUGUUGUACGCGGCCGCGUCGACGUUGAUCACAAUCGUCAACAAGUCCGUGUUGACCGGUUACGGGUUCCCCUCGUACCGGUUCCUGGCCGUCAGCCAGAUGCUCGCCACGGUCACCGUGCUGUACGCGGCCAAGCGGCUGGGCCUCGCGAGGUUCCCGGACAUCGGCGGGCGCACGUUCGCGGACGUAUUUCCGAUGCCGCUCAUCCAUCUGGGCAACGUGGAACUGGGCCUGGCCGGCACCAAGGAGCUGAGCUUGCCCACGUUUACCGUGCUCAGGCGCCUGGCCAUACCGAUGACCAUGUCGGGCGAAUACUACCUGUUGCGCAUCGCAGCCGACCGGUUCGUCAAGACGUCUGUGGCCAUGAUGGUGGCCGGUGCCAUAAUAGCGGCCGGCAGCGACGUCGAGUUGAACAUCGACGGGUGCGCAUUCGUCUUGUUCAACAAUCUGCUGACGGCCGCCAACGGCGUGUUCUCCAAGAGAAAACUGAACGCCAACAGGCAAAUGGGCAAGUGUGGGCUAUUGUACUAUUCGUCGCUGUUCGUGUUGCCGUUCGCUCUGGCGCACUUGUAUUUUUCGGACGAUUUAGACCACGUGUACAGAUUCAAUUAUUGGUUGCGUCCACCAUUUUUAAUACAAAUGUUUGUUUCGUCUAUAAUGGGUUUAGUGUUAAACUACAGUACAAUGCUAUGCAUUCAAUACAAUUCAGCCCUAACGACGACAAUAAUCGGCUGUCUAAAAAAUAUAAUUGUCACUUAUGCUGGCAUGUUUGUUGGUGGUGAUUAUGUGUACACAUUCUAUAACUUUAUUGGUAUUAAUAUUAGUAUUAUUGGAAGUCUAUACUACACCUAUGUAACGUUUAGACCGCCUAAACAGAUGGAGUAUAACAUUAAGUAGGUAACUAGUAUUAAUACUUUUUAAUACUUUUCAUCAUUAUAUUUCUUGGAGUUUUGUGUCGUGUAUAUAAAAUUAUAAAAUGUAUAUUUCAUCUUUAAAA